CCGCCUCUUUUAGAUUCGCCAGCAGGGAACUCAACCGGAGAACUUGAAUAAAAGGGAAGGUAGAGGUCGGUCCUCUUUUUGUGUGUCACCUCAGUCCUCCGUUCGCCCCUACAUACCCGUUUUAUUUGGGCGGCGCCUACAACUCCCACAGCGCAACGCGGAUGGAAGCGGAAGCGGCUGGCUGAGCGAGGCCUGUGAUUGGUGCGUGGACAACAGUGAGUACAUGCGGAAUGGGGACUUCUUACCCACCCGGCUGCAGGCUCAACAAGACGCUGUCAACAUAGUCUGUCACUCUAAGACCCGCAGCAACCCUGAGAACAACGUGGGCCUCAUCACACUGGCCAAUGACUGUGAAGUGCUGACCACACUCACCCCUGACACCGGCCGCAUUCUUUCCAAGCUCCACACUGUCCAACCCAAGGGCAAGAUCACCUUCUGCACUGGCAUCCGCGUGGCCCAUCUGGCUCUGAAGCACCGACAGGGCAAGAAUCACAAGAUGCGCAUCAUUGCCUUUGUGGGAAGCCCUGUGGAGGACAACGAGAAGGAUCUGGUGAAACUGGCUAAACGUCUCAAGAAGGAAAAAGUAAAUGUUGACAUUAUCAAUUUUGGGGAAGAGGAGGUGAACACAGAAAAGCUGACAGCCUUUGUAAACACAUUGAAUGGCAAAGAUGGAACUGGUUCUCAUCUGGUGACAGUGCCCCCUGGGCCCAGCUUGGCCGACGCCCUCAUCAGUUCUCCGAUUCUAGCUGGUGAAGGUGGUGCCAUGCUGGGUCUUGGUGCCAGUGACUUUGAAUUCGGAGUGGAUCCCAGUGCUGAUCCUGAGCUGGCCCUGGCCCUCCGUGUCUCCAUGGAAGAGCAGCGGCAGCGGCAGGAGGAGGAGGCCCGGCGGGCAGCUGCAGCCUCUGCGGCUGAGGCGGGGAUUGCUACAGCUGGGGCUGAAGACUCAGACGACGCUCUGCUGAAGAUGACCAUCAGCCAGCAGGAGUUUGGCCGCACCGGGCUCCCUGACCUAAGCAGUAUGACCGAGGAGGAGCAGAUCGCUUAUGCCAUGCAGAUGUCCCUGCAGGGUGCAGAGUUUGGCCAGGCAGAAGCAGCUGACGUCGAUGCCAGUUCUGCCAUGGACACAUCUGAGCCCGCCAAGGAGGAGGAUGAUUAUGACGUGAUGCAGGACCCUGAGUUCCUUCAGAGUGUCCUGGAGAACCUUCCAGGCGUGGAUCCCAACAAUGAAGCUAUUCGAAAUGCCAUGGGGUCCCUGGCCUCGCAGGCCAACAAGGAUGGCAAGAAGGACAAGAAGGAGGAGGAGAAGAAAUGAGACUGGGGGCAGGGGUGGCUGAGGCGCUCAGGAGGCCGCAUAGCGUGGGCGGGAUGUAGGCGUAGAUACAGUAUCUGUAACCAGGACAACCUGAAUAAAGCUUGGCAGCUUUUGUUUUUC